UUGAUCGAACAUCAUCUUGAUGCAUCUCCAUACGCAGAUCACAUUCUGGCGCAACUACCUUCAGCUCUGUACAGCAUUCCUCAGGAAGAAAUCGAUUUAAGGGAAGAUCUACGAAGAGAAUGUACAUUUACAAUAGAUUCUGCUAGUGCUCGUCACUUGGAUGAUGCCUUGAGCUGUAAAAUGUUGGAAAAUGGCAAUUGGGAAAUUGGUGUUCAUAUCUCCGACGUUACCUACUUCCUGCGCGAACAAUCAGAGCUGGAUGAAGUGGCUAAGCUUAGAGCAACGUCAAUUUAUAUGGUUGAUACUGUAUACCGCAUGCUUCCGGAGCAGUUAUGUGAUGUAUGUUCACUUCUCCCUGGCCAAGAGAAGUUGACAUUUUCUGUGUUCUUCGAAAUACUCCGGGAUGGGACGGUAGUCAAUACGCGCUUUGCUCGAAGUGUGAUCAACUCAUGUGCAAAGCUCUCCUACGAAAACGCACAAAAAAUGAUCAACAGCACAAAGGGAGAGGGUUCCAGUGAGGAUGUAGUUCAGCAAAUUUUCCAUGGAUAUACGAUUCAAUCGUUGAGUUUGAUCCUAUGCCAACUGCAUUCAAUCGCUGUAAAACUCCGCCAACGACGCAUCGAAGAAGGUUUUCUAGAGCUUGAUCAAUCGAGGCUUGCAUUCUGGUUCGACACUGCCACUGGGUGUCCAAUCGAGUAUGACCAGCACAAAGAUACAACGUUCGAUGUAUUAAUGGUCCUUGCCAAUACUUCAGCUGCUCAGGCAAUUGAAGGUGCUUUAUCGUCGAGUGCGCUAAUCCGUUGUCCUCAACCACCGUCUGAGAAGAUGAUUGAAGAUUUUGUGAAAACAAUGGCAGAUCAUGGGUAUACGAUUUCAUUCGCCAGCUCGCGAACGGUUCGCGAAUCUAUGGCUUCGAUCAUCGCUGCAGCAGAACAUCCGGAUGUCGCGAAGAUUGUGCUGAAUAAACUGCUUGGACGGUUUAAAAAUCAUCGGGCGCCAACCUUGGUCUACACAAACUUUACCAGUCCCAUUCGUCGGUAUACCGAUUGUAUGGUGCAUCGCGUUCUUGCUGCUAAGAUGGGUUUCGGCGAGAAGUCAAAACGAACACUGGAAGAGUUGGAGGAAUUAGCUAAAACCUGCAAUAUGAAAAGGAACAAAGCCAAGGUAGCGGGUGAUGCUAGCUUGAUGCUUUGCUAUCGUCAAUGGUUGAAAACUGUUCAGAAGCAUGAAACGAUCGCCGGAGUAGUUGGAUACGAUGCUGAACAUAUCGAGUUGAUUCUACUUGGUACAGGAAUAACGCUCAACAUAGUGACAAAGAAAAUUUCGUCUAUUGCAAAGGUGGUUUUCAAUUCAUCCAAACCGAUAGACGGUAUUCAGUGGAUUCCAGCGAAUUCUUCCAUGCCACCAGUAACUUUGAAAAUCUUUUCCAAGGUUCGUGUUAUCAUCACAUUGGUUGGCGAUCAUAUAAGCGUAUGUUCCAUACUACCCAUUGCUACCGAAAAUACCUCUACAAGGGAAUCAUACAAAGAUUUUCAUAAGCAUAAGAAAACAAAUUUUAUAAAUCAUAAAAUAUUGCUUUCUAUAGUAGCUGCGAUUACUGUUAUAAGCUCUCUGGCUGUUGUGAAAAAGCUGUUUAAAUUGAAAUAAUCUGCGGCGUAAUUUGAAAACUUGAAACAGUGCCUGCAUUAAAAAAAAUGUUAUAGCGUACGGGAAUGGUAUUAUGUUAUGUGCAAUGUUAGUGAAUA